AUGUUACCUUUAUCACAUCUCGGGUAUACCGGGGAUGCCAUUGACAAGUCUCGUAUGUUCAUUUCACUGCUUAACACAGACCGCGUAGCCGAGCAUUCUUCGGUAGAAUACGCACCUACAUUGUGUCUCGGAGUUUCUUGGGUACGUAACCGCUUCCUCCGGCGUCCCGUCGAGGGCAGUAUUCCUGUAUAUCGGAUUGAUGCGACUCAAGUCCUCUCAAUCACUUCCUUGCCUCAGGAUAGUUCAGCUAUGGGAUCUGCUGAUCAGCAUUCUGAUAUUUGGAUGAGAAUGGUCGUUGCUCCUGCCGUUCGGAUCGUCUAUGAGGCAUUUGGCAAUUCAUAUCAUAAAUAUGAUGUCCCAGAGCUGCCUAAUUUAGAUGAAAUUACUAAACUGAUGGCGAUAUCAUGUCCACUCGAACCCGAACCCGUUCAAGAAUUCUCUCCAAACGUCUACUCGUCUCCCCUUGUGUGUGACAGCUGCGGGGGUCGAGUCUUCGUCGACCCUGCUCAAUGGCUUCUCCAUAUUAAAAGCAAGCGGCACAAGAGGCGAACUGAUGCGAUUCGGAAGCAAACUCGAAAAUGA